GACAUACGCGCUAAGCCUAUCGGAGUGGUAUGGUCACGUGCCUUGGGGUCACGCCGGUCAUCGUAUUUCACUGGUAUUAUUUAUUGAUUGCCUUGUGAUCGAUCAUUGCGGCCCUCGAGAUCAUUCGUCAAUAUAAUGGCCUCCUUAUGAAGAUAUCUGACUUGCUGGAAUGAACGCACCUCUUCCUUCUACGCGGGCGUUCCUCUCCGAUCUACCUUCUCAUCCAGUUAGCUCGAAGGUUCGAUUUCUCGGUUGUGUGAGGACAUACAACAUCCAAACGGGGCACCUCAUCCUCGAACACAACUAUCCGCGUCAGAAACCACCGCUGGAACCACCCUCUGUUGCAGUUGAUAUCAACGCGGUGCUGGAGACAGUCACGUCAGAAGAGCUGUCCGUUGGCGCAUGGGUGAACGUGCUUGGAUAUGUAAGGAGGAACAGGAGAAGUGAUGAUGAUGAUGAUGAUUCUGCCGUCCCGGAUUCGAGUCCAAACCCAGUGUAUGUGGAAGCCGUGAUGCUUUUCCCGGCAGGCGCCGUGGCGUUGGGAGAGUAUGAGCGAAUCCUGCAGGAAGCGUUGAGCGUGGAGAGGAGGAUGCGGAGGACAGGCUGAUAAAAUAUCUUAUUGAUUAAUGACUAGUAGCAAUUAUACAACUUUUUUUUAU